AUGGAUAAUAUCGACGACCUUAUUCUUUCAUUAACUGAUAAACAAGCUGAAGAUGCCAGAAGAAGAGAUCACGCGUCAAACAGAUCAUCCAAGAAAUCUAAGAAAUACUUAUCAGAAUCUGAAGACGAUGAAGGUGCUUAUUCAGAUGAGGACGAUGUAGGCAUUGACGACGACGAGGAUAUGGAGGACAUUGAUGAAUAUGGUCCUGAUUUGUACAAAGACGAAGACGAUCGCAGAAGAUUACAGGCACUUCCUGAAGUUGAAAGAGAAAGAAUUCUUGCUGAGCGUUCAGAAGAAAGACAGAGAAAUUUGGAGCGUCUUGAAGUCAGAAAAUUGCUUAAAGAUGGACGCAGAGAUGAUGCCACCAGACGUUCCACCCGUUCAAAAGGGAGCGGCACAUCCAGCGCACUCUCAGAAUUGACGAGACGCAGAGAGGAAAAGAAUAAAGUGAGAAGCAAACGCCAUCGCCGUGAUUCACCCAGCCCAGACAGAAAGAGACGUAGAAGAUAUGGCGAUCAGAGCGAUUACGAGUACAGUGGAGAGGAAUACAAUGAUUCAGAGGAAGAGACUGAAAAGAAGGCGAAAAAAAGAACACCCAAUUUGGAAGAGAUUCAGUCAGUCUCUGUCUCAAGAAACAUGAUUGAGAAAUGGAUCUUUGCCCCCUUUUUUGAGAAUACAGUCAUUGGCUGUUUUGUACGUUUAUACAUUGGCCCUGAUCCACAAAAGAAGGUGCCCGUUUAUAGACUGUGUCAAAUCAUCGAUGUUGUCCCAUGGCACAAGACAUACAAAAUAGGCGAGAGCACCCAUAGCAACAAGGCCCUCAAAGUCAAGCACGGUAAAGCAGAGAAGGAUUUCCCCAUGGAUAUUGUGUCAAAUCAACCCGUCACACAGCAAGAAUUUACUCGCUUCCUAACAACACUGGAGAGUGAUCGUGUCCGUGUGCCUACCAUUGAUCAAAUCGAGCAAAAGGCAGCAGACCUGAAGCAAGCCAAGGAGUAUGUAUUGAAUGACAAGGAGGUGAAUGAAAUGAUUGAAAAGAAGAAGGCUGUCAAGGGUUCAUCUGUCAAUGCAGCCAUGGAGAAGGCUCAAUUGCUUGCUCGUUUGGAACACGCCAAAGCACACAACGAAGUUGAAAAAGUACUUAAAUUGUCAAGAGACUUGAAGGAAUUGGAAGAGAGAAUUGCGCUUGCUGAAGGUGCGCAUCAAAAUGUGUGGGCUGAUAUCAAUAGCAGAAACAGAAACAGAGAUAGAAUUGAAGUCCAUGAAGCUGAGCGUCGUGCAACUGAAGCUAGAAGAAGAGCACUGUUGGAGAAUACGAAGGCUGCUGCUGCUGCUGCUGCUGCUGCCGCUGCCUCCAGUCAACCUGAAGGUGUCUCCUCAGCGACCACAACCGCAUCCACUAUCAAAGAAACAGCUACUGAUUCAUCUUUAAUGCCAAUGGAGAAAACCGGCAGACCUUUAGCCAAGUUGAUCACAUUGAGCAAGCAUGCAUUAAAUGUUGGUGAGGCUACAUCUUAUCAGACUGAAUACGAAAAGCUUGUUAGUAAGGUAGCCAUGGAGGUUCGUAUUGAGCUUUUGGAAGAUAGCCCGGCAUGA